AUGGGUAGAACCGGAAUCUCCGCGCAGCCCUGUUUCUUUCCGCCACUUGGUGUUCGGUCUAAGCAUGAAUCAGGUCGAAGUGAGGUUGUCGAACUGCGAGAGUCCGUCAUUGUGCCACUGAAGGUCCUGGAUACACAGCUCCUAGCUUCCUGGCUUCAAUCAGAAAAUAUCGACCUGUUAUCUUUGCUAAAAACUGCCUGGGCAGUAGUAUUGAGAGCCUAUACCGCUGGAAACCAUAUUUGCUUUGGUUUUGUGGGUGCUGAAAAGCAAAAGAGACGGGCAAGUCAUUGGUCAGAGCUGAGAGAACAGGUCAAUGUCUAUGAAUCUGCAAUCACUGGCCGAACAUUGAUCCGACAGCUCCUCCACCAUGGCGAAUACUCAAGCGACUCCGAGUGCUCUGACCUGAGCAACACGGCCAAUAAUACUCCUCCCACUUCUGGCUGGCCGUUCAACUCUAUCAUCUGUAUUGGUCAUAAUGACCCUCAAAAAGGUAGUGAGUCUGUUCGGAUGUCACUGUCCGAUAUGUGCAGGGAGGGAUUGAACGAAUUUCAAAUUAUCGUCAGCCUCUAUCGCGAUGAAACUACCAAUGUACUGUCAACCGUGAUCGAUUAUACGACUACGGUCCUCUCCCACGACCAAGCCCAGGCUGUGGCAGAAACACUGAACAAGACUAUAUCAGAAGUUGUCCAGCACACCAAUCAAACAGUAGUAGCCCUUGACCUUUGUUCGGACUUUGACGUCCAACGAAUGAUUCAAUGGAAUAAAGCUCCACUGAGCAUGCCUCGGCGGGAACAAUGCGUAUCUCAACUUAUUUCGCGACGGUGCGUAGAGCAGUCCGACGCAACAGCAAUCUCGGCAUGGGACGGCGAAAUGACUUACGGAGACCUCCACCAGCGAUCCUCCGCACUCGCUGUUAAGUUAACUGAAGUCGGGGUUGGCCCUGGAGUCUUUGUUCCUCUAUUUUUCGAGAAGUCCAAAUGGGCGGUGGUAGCGCUGCUCGCUGUGAUUAAGGCGGGAGGGGCUUUUAUUCUGCUUGAUAUCUCGUAUCCACCGAGACGCAUUCGCACUAUCUGCGAGUCCGUCCUUGCGAAGGUGGCGGUUAGUUCUCCACAGUCCCGAGUACUGGCUGGUGAGAUGGUACCUCUGGUCGUCGCAAUUGGAGACGACUGUAGAGAAACCCCCAAUCUUUCUCAUUCCCCCACGUCAUCAGAGCCACUUGGUGGGACUCCUGACAGUCCUCUGUACGUGAUUUUCACAUCCGGAAGUACAGGUGAUCCUAAAGGUGUGGUUAUAGAUAACGUCUCCUUAUGCUCCACAUAUGACAGGGUUUGCCAUGCUCUCUCAUUCAGCCGGUCCACUAGACUGCUGCAAUUUGCUUCACAUGCCUUUACUCUGUGCAGCCGUGAGAUUCUGCUGGUUCUGAUAGCUGGUGGCUGUUUGUGUAUUCCAUCCGAGGUGGAUCGUGUAAACGAUCUCGCAGGCUUUAUGAAUCGGCACCGGGUUAACUUUGCAACCUUAACUCCAUCCGUGGCUGGUACUCUCUCUCCAGCCUCCAUUCUAACUCUCCAAACAUUGCUACUGGGAGGUGAGGUCGUAAGGCCAGCUCAUAUUGCUACUUGGGCCGGCAAGGUUCAUCUUAUGAUUGGAUACGCGGCCAGUGAAAUCGCUGGCACAGCCAGCGUGGGGUCUAAUCUUCAGCCACAUAGCGAUCCUCGUAACGUGGGAUUUGCGUGUUGUGCGAGCCUCUGGGUUGUGGAUGCUGAGACUCCUCAUAAGCUUGCGCCUGUGGGAGCAGUUGGGGAGCUUGUCUUACAGAGUUAUGGGAUCGCUUGUGGCUAUCUGAACGACAAAGAGAAAACUAAUCAGCGAUUCAUUCACCAGGCAGGAUGGCAGGCAAGACUGCCCUUGCACGCCCGGGCAACCGCACGCCUAUAUCAAACAGGAGAUAUGUUCCGGUACAACGUGGAUGGGUCAUUGUGCUAUGUGGAAAGGAAAGACAACCAAGUGAAAGUAAACGGCCAGCGGAUAGAGCUCGGGGAUAUUGAGUCACACAUCACCGCGUCUUGCACAUUGAUCCACAGUUCUGUCGUCCUGCUGCUCCAACCGGAUCAACAAUUUCCGAGGUCGUUCUUGGUUGCUUUUGUCCGUCCUGAACGAACUGCACGUUGGGGCACGGCCGGAAACAACCCGUUAGCAAUUGUCCAACACCCAAGCAAUGAAUUUUACCACGACAUCGAGACAAUUUCCCAACAGCUGCGGGGAUCUUUACCCUCUUAUAUGAUUCCACUGGUCUUCAUUCCCCUAUCUUCUAUUCCCCUAACACUGACAGGCAAGGCUAAUCGUCGCCUCUUACUGGAAACGGUGGCGACAUGGCCGGAGGACAGAUUUGCUUCAUAUCGGUGUGGGAGUCAAUCUUCGGCUAUAUAUAAGGCCCCUGUUACUCAUCGAGAUGGCCAAGUUCGUCGCCUAGUUGCUAGUAUCCUGAAGAAAGAGACGGAGGCCAUCUCUAUGGGUAGCAGCUUCCUGGCCCUCGGCGGAGACUCUGUUUCCGCCAUGCGCCUCGUGACGUUAGCGAAGCAAGAGGGGCUACGUCUCACUGUUGGUGAUAUUUUCAAUCAUCCGAUAUUAUCAGACCUUGCGACAGUUGUGCGAGAGGGCGCCAGAGAGGAGUUGCAGCCCAAGAAGUACAAAUUCAAAGGGGCCAACGCUUACGGUAGAAUACUCGGACGGUUGCCCACCGAGAUAGCUGAUAAUAUUCAUGAAAUAAUCCCCGCAACCGCAUAUCAGAGGAUGACACUGGCUGAACUUCGUCCAAGAUAUUUGCGCAUCGCUCUACCUAAUAAUGUAAACCGGGACAGGCUUCUGAGUGCCUGUCAGCAACUGCUAGACAGGCACACCAUCCUACGCACCAUUUUCGAACUGGACAAUGAAACAAAUGGCCCCCAGGGAGAGAUUGUGCAAGUCAUACUCCGCCCGUACAAACUGAAAUUUAUUGACUAUCAUGAUAUUGAUGACUUGGAUCAACAUUGCCUAAACGACACACUCACGAGCCCUUCCUCGACGGGAGGAGGAUUGCAAUUCCAGGCACAACUGCUCACCAUGCGGGAUUCCCGCUUGUUCCUUUUGCUUCGCUUCAUCCAUGCCCAGUAUGAUGGCAUAUGCCUCCCGGUUAUGAGUGAAGAUAUAUCUUCCGCUUAUAACGGUCUUCCUCCGGCCCCAACUGCGCCGUUCUCCGACCACCUUCACGCUGUAUGGGCAAGUCGCAACGAUGAAGGCCUUGAAGCCUGGAGGAGUAUGCUCAAAGGAUCAGAGAUGACCAUUCUGAAACCAAAACAGAGAGUCAUCAAUCAAAUGGAGAAGGCCAUACGUGAGCCACAUCCAGUCAAGGUGAUGAAAUGGACAGGACUAGUGUCACCUCCAGAGAAUAUCACGAUGGCAUCCGUAGUGAAAGCUGCUUGGGCACUGACAUUUGCCAAAUUUGUCUCUGCGAGAGAUCCUACUACCUUUUGUGCUGAGGCCUCCCUCAAGGACAUCGUAUUUGGCCAGGUCGUCCAUGGACGAGGUCUAGGUAUUGCUCAUGAGAGCCGUAUCCUCGGGCCAUGUGUGAACACCGUCCCCGUACGUGUUGACCUGUCCAGGUCUACCAGCAACUAUGACUUGUUGCACCAGGUUCAACAGCAGCAUCUCGCCAUGAUGCCAUUCGAAAACAUCGGUCUAGGUGAUAUUGUCCAGAACUGUACGGAUUGGAAGCCAGGAACCAAGUUCGGCAGCGUGCUGCGGUUCCAGAAUUUCGACGCGAACCUAUCAUGUGUUUUUGAUGGAGUAGCCUAUGACGCUUCUGUUUACCAUCUUCCAAACCGGCCAUCAGAGAAGAUUCAUGUAAUCAUUAUGCCUUCUGAAGAUGGCAUGGGAAUCGUCAUGAAUGGGUAUGAUCAUGUGGUCCACCAGGAAGAGGCGGAGGACCUGAUAUCUUGCUUUUGCACCGCAAUUCAAGAUUUAGCUAGGACGCCUACGGAGUGA